UCCUUGCUGCCAAGGAAAUCCCGGAGACCCGCCUGUCACGCGCACGAACCCUCGCGGGCCGCGAGCACCCCGGAAGUUCCCGGUGACGUGACGCGGCUGAGAAAGUGUCACGAACGUGCGCGGUGAUCGGUGAUUUGAUCUCGCGAUCAUGCCGAAAAAUACGCGAGUCAUCGAAAAAAUAUUGCAUUGAAUAUAUUCUGUGAAUCCUGUGAGCGAGGACUUCUAGUGACACGUCAAAAACUAUGAAGAACUUUUGGAAAAACGUUAUCGUUGAAAGUUAUCAAACUUUAAUCGACGAGAUUGGCGAGUAAAGCGCUGAUUAUAUGUGGUGAAAUUGAAAUUCGGAAUUGUUGAUCAUUGAUGAUUAUUAUGAUCGACAUAUAUUCCGAUUCGAGAUAUUGAUCGGACUCAUUUAGAAAGACUAAAGGCCGCGAAAACGCCGUGAGGCUGGCCGACGGCUGGCGGAGCUCUGCCAGUCGCCGACUUGACAGGCAGGUGCAGCAAGAGAGGAAUGCAAGAUAUGUAAAAUAGCGUUGCUAGCACAAAAUCGAUAGCGGACUACGAAAUCGAUUUGUCAAUUCAACGAACAAUAGAGAAGAAAAACAUUAGGAAUAUGUAAACUAUCGAAACUUUUAAAAGCAAUAACAAUCUCGUGUUAAUUCGCGGUUUUUUACAAUUACUUUAUCUGACAAAAAUCAAUAAUUGUGAUGAAUAUGUAUUAUAAUCAAGAAGACCUAGAAUGGAAAAUAUAAAACAACAUUCAAAACAGCGAGAUAAAAAAUUUCAGAAACAUUUUCAUGAAUUUAACAGUCGAGUGAUUUACGGACAGUGAUGAUCCAUGGACUGUAUUGCUCAGUGAUCGUGCUCCAAGAGGCGAAGAAAGAAAAGAUGUGAAUGCGCAUCGAUCAGAGACAUCUAACAAUUGCCAGAUACCUCUUGCACUUCUGACGAACGUAUUUCAGUGUAUUGUCAGUGAUUAGGUGAUUCUAUCUUUUUUUUUUGAUGAUCGAAGACUUUAUCGAAUCUGAGAAUUGAUGCGAGCAGAGUGAUCGCUCUCCGAGGGAGAGACAAACGUCGGCGAGCUGGUACCGAAGAUGGUCCUGGAGCCUGGAGGCGGCUUGUCUUUCCCGUUGCCGCCCGGCGGCGGCUCCAGCGCCUCCGGCGGAUCCUUACUAGCGCCGACCAGAUUGUUUCAACGGACGACGCCCGUGUUUCCGUUCCAUCUAACAGGAUGGCCGCCGCAUCAUCCGGUUCUUGGGCAGGUGCAGAGCCAGGUCCAGCAGAGCAUGCAGGCGCAGCAUCAAGCCGCUGCCGCAGCAGUCCGAUUCCUCAGCCAUCAUCACCCGCAUCAUCCACAUCCGACAUUGAGCAAUCAUUCUUUGGUACCGGCGAUUACCGGACACCACCCCAGCGUACAUCAUUUGCAUCAUGCUGCUGAUCAUGGAGAAGAGGAUGACGAGAAAAAAGGUUGCGACGGGGAGUCAGAUGAGGGUGGCAACAAGAGACGAAGAAGCAGGACUAACUUUAACAGUUGGCAGUUGGAGGAAUUAGAGCGAGCCUUUCUGUCGAGUCAUUAUCCCGAUGUUUUUAUGCGAGAAGCUCUGGCUGUGAGACUCGAAUUAAAAGAGAGCCGUGUGGCGGUGUGGUUUCAAAAUCGACGGGCAAAGUGGCGGAAGAAGGAACACACGAAGAAGGGCCCCGGGAGACCGGCGCACAAUGCGCACCCUCAAAGUUGCAGCGGCGAACCUAUUCCACCGGAAGAACUGAGACGAAAAGAACGCGAGAGACGACAGAAGAAAUUGCUGAAAGCUCUCGAGAGACAGCAGCGAAAGCUCGCUGCUAAAGGCAUAACAGUGGAUUUGUCGACGCUGCGUGCCGAGUGGGAGUCCCGUAGCGAGGCAGCGUCGGGUCGCGGCUCUGCAAGUGGUCCGCUGAGCAAUUCUUUUGGUCAACUGGGCCUGAACAACGAAAGCAACAACAUCUCUACGUCCGGUAAUGAGGCCAACGAAGAGAUUGACGUGGUCGGCGGACUGGACUCCUGUAGCGAGAGCGGAAGCGAGCGGGUCGACUCCGCGGCCGACGGUUCCGUGGACGGUGAAUGUUACUCCGCGCUCAACAGUAACGCGAGCGAAAGUAGCGAGCUUCGGAAGAAUCCGCCGAAUCCGCCGAUGGAGCAUCUGAAUCACCAGCCCGGUAUUCACCACUGGGGCCUGAGCCUAUUGGAGCGACGACGCGAGCUAGUGGCGGUCGGAACGGGCCGUCAACCGGCCGGUAACGGUGCCAGAAACCUGAUCAGGCAGGCCGCCAGCGAAGAAGAGGUCCAGAGUGGCAGUAUUGAUCUGUCGGUGAAGGGCAGGGAGGAGAGAAAGAGGCUGAACCCGUUCUCCAUCGACAGUCUGUUGGGGAACAACCGGACUAGCGCGGCGUCGGAACGCAGGCCGAUGACGCCGACGUCGCCGACGUCGCCCAUUUCGUCGGCCUGCACAUCGCCCUCCACGACGUAGUGAACAGGCGCGAGAAGAGACGCUGAGAUGAGCUGAAUUCGGGGAGACGCGGUUUUGACAAUGGUGAAAUGUGUUUAAGCGGGGGCUUUCUAGAAUUACGAGUGACGGUGAAGUGGCAAACAAUCGGAAACGAAUGAUAGUUGGUGUGUGGAAAGCGGAAGUGAUUUUUUUCCAGCUGAAAGAAAUCGCGUAAAAACGAGCCAGCUGUGGUAAAUUUCUAUUUCCAUUUCCACAAGGGUUCUCGCUUUGACUGAAAUCAAUAGUUUUCAUCGAUAUCCUCGCGUACUUGUAGACAUUUUCACGUCAUUCGAUGAAUGCAUUUUAAGAUUCUUGGUAUCCCGAGUCAUACGAAUUCAUUGUUUUAAGGGAAACCAAUGAAAAAGAUAGAGAUGGAUGGCAUUUUAAAGAGAUAAAAGGGAAAAGUUCGCAAAUUGAACUCGCGAAUUAAACCGCGAUUCUAAUUAUGCAAUUCCGAGACUUUUCGAAUUCUAAGAGAUACAUUCGAGAAUCUGAGAAUCGCAUCUCAUCGACGUGAAUUGACAAGACUUAUAUCAGUUCGACAUAUCGAAUGCAUGCGUGACCGUCGUAGAUCGAGUGCGUUUGAUUUUGUCUGUUGUAUCUCCUUUUAAAGAAGAGAAUGAAAAAAAUGUGCAAUAAACACGGACGUAUUCGCCGGCUAAGCGGGUUGUCCGUUUUUGAAGUAAGAGAGCGAAAGAAAGAGAGAGAGAGAGA